UGCUGACGAGUCAUAAAAAGUGACCAUGACCCGGACGGACACAAAAUGGUGAACUUUUACCCGUUGACUCCCCCGCUCUCAUGAGACCAGCAGGAAGAUAUGGGCGUCCUCAGACUGGUGCUCAGAAUCAUGGGUAGGAUCAGCACCUUCAGGUCCUAUCAGUUUGUGCUUCUCCUGGCGGCCGCUCUCGCCGUCGUAGCUUUUUACUACUUUGGCUCUGAGAGGCAGAACUUCUCCAGCACCACGAAGAGGAUCAAGCAGAGCCAGGCCAGCCACAACACCAACCGAAACGACGCCGACCUGACCGUGGACACCAGGCUCUCGCAUACGGGGGGGUCUGAGGAGCAAGGAGAUGCAGGAGGACAGAGUGAGGAUUUCAGGUCAAAGUCGGGGCCUAGUGAGGUUGCUGACCAACGCUACCACGCACUCAUGAUGUUCACCAAGGUGGACAAGAGCCGGAGCCUGCAGGACAAGUUCCGGGUGGCCAUGUUGUCUAUGGUGGAGCACGGACACUUUCUGGAGGGAGAGGUGUUGGUGCUUCAUUUCGUGAGCGACCAGGCCAGCAAAGAACUGGGAGAGAGGAUGCUGCAAGAGUUUCUCCUCGACGCAACGUUUGAGUACGAGGUGUUGUUUCAUGACGUGGUGGCCCUCACACAGAAGCUCUUCCCUAUCGUGGAGGCCAUGCAGAAGCACUUCAGUGCCGGCUCCGGAGCUUACUACAGCGAUGCCAUCUUCUUCCUUUCUGUGGCCAUGCAUCAUAUCAUGCCUGACAGUCAGACGCGCAUAGUGCAGCUGGACCUGGAUCUGAAGUACCGGACCAACAUCAGAGACCUCUUCCAAGAAUUUGACCUGUUUCCUCCGGGAGCCGUGAUAGGCAUCACCAGAGAGAUGCAGCCAGUCUACAGACACACCUUCUGGCAGUACCGUAAGGAGAACCCUCAGACCAGAGUUGGCGAACCUCCUCCUGAAGGCCUCCCGGGCUUCAACAGCGGCGUGAUGUUGUUGGACCUGGGAGCGAUGAGGGCCUCGGCUCUCUACAACCAGCUGUUGGAGCCCAGUAACGUUGCCAAACUGGCCGACCAGUAUCGCUUCAGGGGCCACCUCGGGGACCAGGACUUCUUCACCAUGAUCGGCAUGGAGCACCCUGAACUGUUUUAUUCCCUGACCUGUGGCUGGAACCGACAGCUGUGCACCUGGUGGCGGGACCACGGAUACGGAGACGUGUUUCAGAUGUAUUAUCGCUGUGAAGGACCUGUUUACAUAUACCAUGGUAACUGUAACUCUCCCAUACCAGAUGACUGAUCUAUGUGCUGCACCGCUGUUGUAAAAGAAAUCCUUUUCCUGCUUGUUGGGUGUACACAUCGUGACUUUCCUGAUCGUGCGCCUCUAGCCACAGACUCUGCCUCCUGCUGGUCAAGGGGCUGGUGAAGAGACCCCCACACUUACUACAAGUAUGGCGUUCAUCUGUGUCAAUCUAGAGAAAACAGCUUGGAGUUACAGCACCGCAGAGGGCUGCACUAAUCAUGUCCUGUGGUACAAAGAUGAAGAAAUAUGUGAAUUUUAGUUUCAGGAAGACGUAUUAGCUUCUCAAGACUAAAUAGGAGCUAACAAUAUUAUCGGAUGGAUUUUUCUGCCGUUGAAAACUUUGUAUUGUGGCUAUCCUUUUCGAAAAUAACAAGUAAUCUACCAGGAAUGUGGUCUGGAUUAUCUGUGAUGGGCCAAAGAUGCACUUUGCAGGGUAAGUCCACGUUUUUGUCAGAGUGAGCUGCAUUGGUACUGAGUCAGUGUUGCCCCCGUUCAAAUGAUGGUAAAAUUUCCUUUUUUUUAAAAUUUGUUAUCGUUAAAUUGGUGUUUCGGUUGAGGAGAGUCUAAAAGACCACUCCUGUAUGCAAAGUAGUGGAAGAUAUCACAUUUUUGAGUUGAUAAUUCGCAUUAAUUGAUGUUGCCAUUGGGGCUGCACAAAAUAAUUAGUCACCAACUAUUUUGUAGUUUUUAUCACUUUAUUUUAAUCGUUAUCAAAUGAUGGUUUGCUGUAGCUUCUCUUAUUGUGAGAAUUGAAUGCUUAGUAAAACAAGACAUGUGAGGACGUUACCUUUUGGCUCUAGAAUAUUCAAAUUUUCUGACUUUAUAGACAAAAUAAUUUACCAAUAAAUCAAGAAUAUAAUCAAAUGAUUAAUGGAUGAUGAAAAUAAUUUAGUUAGUUGUUGCCCCAAUUGCCAACCAAUUUUGAAAUAUCAGUACAAAGUAUAGUCAGCAAAUGUGUUAAUCGGCGCCUAAAAACAAGAGACCUGUUUUUUCCAUUUUCCUUCCAUGAGUGGGACGAGUUCAGCCUGUGUCACUUUAUCUUCCUGCAACACCAGGUGACGGCUCAUCUGGUGCCAUUUGCUUUCCACCCCUGUGGCUCAUGGAAGAAGAGGGAGGGAUAUGUUUAAUAGCAGUUGACUCCAAAUUUUUGGAGCCAUGUGGGCGCAGGGCACAAACACUCUGCCGUUGCUCUUUCGAACACAUCUUCCUGCAGCUUGGAAGAUAGGAAGAGGGGAAAAAAUCACAUCAGAGGGUGGAGGGGGGGUUAAGUAGAUAAUGGCUAACAAUAAUGUGACUGAUGGCUGUUGUUAGCGCUCUGCAUUUAUGGUGCAGCCAAGGACAAACACAAACACACUUUACCACAGCACACGUUUCAGAGGGAGGGAGUUUUCUUGUGCUCAACUGAAUAUACAGACAGAUUCUAAGGCAAGUAUACACUCAACAUUCAGCCUGGAGAAUGUUUGAGGUGGUGCCCAAUUAGGCGCACACACACACACACAGAGUGACAGUUAAGCUGCUGAAUAUCCUGUGGAGUCAAAGUGAGGCUACUGACGACACUUGACAAUAAACAUCGCUCGAAAUCAAUAAGCUUCCCUUCAAUUCACUCUGAAACUGAUCAGUAUGGUUUCUGCCUCUUUCAAGACGAUUCUCUUUAGCUUGAAAACAAAUUGUUAGUGUGAAUGCUGAAAAACUAUUUUUAUCCUCCAUUCGUGACUGCACUUUACAAAUUCAAAACACACGCUUUAUUGUGAAGAGUUUAGUACCAUAGGAUGCAUUUAUAUUACCAGAUUUAUUGAUUAUAACUUUUUGUUUUACAGAUAGUGUUUAUGUACAUUUUAGCCCAUGACUGUUACUCUAAAGUUUACACUGUAUAACUUUGAUUGAUACCCGACUCAAUAACUUUCAGUUUCUUUCACAACAGAAACUGCAGAAUAGUAGUUGCUUUUGAAAAGUAUAGCAUAUACAUUAAAGAUACUGCAUUGCAGUCGCACGUUUGGAAUACCCUCAUGGACAAAUAUACAUUCAUUGAAAGUAAAGUCAUCUUCUUAACAUGUCAAAAUUAUCCUGAAUAUAAACACUUGAAACAUGAGUGUGAUAAGAAAAUGGAAUCUUCAAGAAAAAAUGUGUUGACAUGUGCUAUGACAUGUUAGUUUGGUCCAUGUCCCAUCCACUAACAUGGUGAAGUGGGAUUGAUGCCAUAUACUGCAGUCAGCCACCAGGGGGAGAUCAGGAGUAUUUGGCUUCACUUUGUGGGGAGCUGUGAUGUCGUCCAUCUUUAGCUACGGUCUGUGGUUGGCAAUCAUGUGAAAUACUGCUGUCUUGUAGUUAAUGGGCUAAAAUGUGCAAAAAACACUAAUGUCAUCAUUUAAUAGUUAAUUAUCUCUCUACUUCAAGCUUUAUGUGUUUUUCCUUCUUGCUUUUAUGUGCACACACACACUCCUUUGUAAAACAUGGGGCAGUGACAAUAGGUAGAGAUUUAAGAUGGAGGGCGACAUGAAUGAACAGGUGCAACUUAAUAAAUGUGCUAAAGGUAGUAUUCUUGUUUUAACCCAUCAGUCACAUGUUUUUGUGCAAUGAUAUUUUUAAAGGGCUCAUGAAUAUUUGUUUAAUAAAUGGGAUUGUCCUCUCUCUUACUCGGAAUCCACUUGAUUUAGAAAGAUGCUGUGUUAAGGGUUAAAAACUCCAAGUAGCUUAAUAUGAUCUUUUUAUAGACGAGCUUCCUGGUUUUAUUUCUUCUAUAUGUGUCCCAAAUCAGUUACAUGAUGAUUUUCAUGUUGUUUCCUAAAAA